GCAUCGGGAAUUUCACUGUCGAGGACCUCGUUUCGAGGCUUUCCCUGGAGGUGAAUUCUGGGGUCGGGCGGAGGAGGGCAGGGAUUGAUCCAAUCGCAGGUUCAGGUAGUAGCGGUGCCAAUGCUCUCGUAGGAAUCGCUCAGCCAAAUUCGCAGACGAAGCCCAAGUUUUCUUCCGCGACCGAUGUCGGUGAAUUAGGUCUUUACUCGCCCUGGCGUGCAGAUGGGUCGCAGAUUGUGCGGUUUCGAGCGAGGUUGUGCACCAAGUUUGUCGGUGUUGCACGCGCACAGGAUCCUCAGCUAGCAGAAGCGGUUCUAAGCUUCGCGAAGUUUUGGGGUAGUGAGAACGAACGUAUGGCUUGGAUGGUGGCCUCCGUUGAACUUGCAAGAAACGAAAGUGUGAAAGGUCCAGAAGUUUUAUAGUGGAACAAGAACAUAAUGGGCGCCACAGGACCGUCGGGAGGUUUCGACAUCCAUAAUUUCUUCAACAAUCCACCUCCGAGCCCAUAUCCUCCUCCCCAGUACUCAUCUCACCCUCCUUAUCCCGCUGCUCAAUUCCCUCAGAAUUCAGGACCUUUUCCCACCAACUCGGGCUCUUUUCCCAGCAUGCCUCCUCAGAAUUUUCAGUACAGUUCGUCACAACAGCAGCAGGAGCAGACUCAAGUAUUCCAUCCUUACAUGCACUAUCAGCAGGAGCAUGGACAGCGGCCGUCAAGCUAUACCACCGCGCCCUACAACCAGCAUCAGCAGCAGCAACAGGUUCAGUUUCCCCCUCCGGGUGCUCUGAACUCCCUCCAUGGGAACCCUCCUCUUUCAUCUCUUCCUUUGUCUUCUUUGUCUCAAGGCAGUGGCGGCCCAAACCAGGCACCAUCCUCUCCUUUGGAUGGCGCCCGCCUUAUGGCUCUUUUGACAACACAUGGCGGAGCUGAGGCUCCUAGCAGCGACGACGGUUCCCUGGUGUCAGGGGUCCAGCAAAGCGGCGGUGAACGACCUCGAUCGACUCAGGAUGGUAGCCAGGAUGUUUCUAUCCCUCCACCUGCGCUGGCUCCGGCAUUGCCCACAGCACCUCCCGCCCCAGCUGCUCAAAUGACUCCCACCGCGUCUGGUAGAGCGUCGAGCGGCAAGCAACCACGCGGUCGGCAUUUGUGGGGAGAUCACGUCGUGUACGACGUGGAUGUUCGUAAACCCGGAGAGGCGCAGCCCCAGUUGGAAGUGAGUCCUAUUACAGUUUAUGGAUCCGAUCCACAGCUGGUGGUCGGACGGCAAAUUGCGGUGAACAAAAAGUACAUAUGUUAUGGAUUGCGGCAAGGGACGAUUCGCAUCCUGAACAUCAACACGGCAUUGAGAGCGCUACUUCGAGGCCAUACGCAGAGAGUGACGGACAUGGCGUUUUUGUCGGAAGAUCAGCACCUUCUUGCAAGCGCAAGUGUGGACGGUCGCAUUUAUGUGCGACGGAUUUUGGAGGGACAAUCCGCCGAGGGCAGCAAGGUACUCAUCACAGAGCAGAUAUUGCUAGCCAUCCAAUUCGUCGGGGGCUGGGAAUCGUGCCAUCCGCGCGUAUGCUGGAAUCUGCAAACGGAGGAUGUGUUGGAGGUGGCGAUCGGGCCGUAUGUCCUGAGCAUAGAUGUUGGGAAGGUGCAGCAGGCUGCACCUCCAGGGGGGUUUUUGGUGGACCAACCUCUCCAAUGUCAGGUGGAGAAUCCAGUGGAAGGAGUAUGUGUGGUGGGUGGUCACGAUGGGACUGUGACGGAUUUGGCAGUGCCAUCGUUUUCUACCUCCAGGGUGGCAUCGGCCUCACAAGAUGGCACGGUGCGCAUAUGGGGGGACACCAGCGGCAUCCCAUUGCUGAGUAUCAUGCCCCAUGGUGGAGAUGCAGUGUGUGCAGUGGCCUUUUUGUCAGCACCACGGCGUCCUGACCAUCAUGUUUUGCUCACUGCGGGACCAUUGAAUAGAGAGUUGAAACUGUGGGCACCCUCGAGUGGUCCGGAGGAGUCACCGUCAAAGGUAGGUACAGGUACAGGAGCGUGGCGCUGCAUACAGACGCUGGAGUUUCAGAGCUCGGAUGUUGCUGAUGGGUAUUAUGAGGAUACGAUUUUUAACCAGUUGGUCGUAGCCUCCCGUGCUAGCCUGAUUUUGCUGGCAAAUGCGAAGAAGAACGCCAUAUAUGCGGUCCACGUGGAAUUUGGGCACAACCCAGCGGCUGCACGAAUGAACUACCUGGCGGAGUUUUCUGUGAAAAUGCCGAUUCUGAGCUUGACAGUUGCCGAAGACAGCGUGACGGAGGCUGGAGAAGGCAAGGUUCAGAUCUACUGUGUCCAGACACAGGCCAUUCAACAGUAUGGUCUGGACGUGUCACAGUGUUUGCCGCCCGUGGAGGGCAGCAUGACGGAAACUCCAGGAACUCCCGAACGCUCAGUUUUGCCUGGUGCACAGGAUUCUGGGCGAUCCGAUCAAACCGGCGUCCCCGACUUGAUAGACAUGGGACCUGCAUCCGGUGUGAGCACGGGGGCGUCCAGUACACCCAACGUGAGCGUUCCUGCAAGGAACCCAGCUGUGUCUUCCGCUUUCGGAAGUCCAGUGGAAGUUGGUCGGUUGGAGGUGCCAUCCGCACAUCACGUGGAGAAGAGUAUAGCAGUAGACUUCAAUGCGUUGUUGCAAAGUUCCACAAAGGCGCAGAAUAAGGAAAGCGGGAAAGCUAGUUCGGGGUUCUCAUCAAGCGCAGAGCUCCGGACGCAAAUGUCCGGCAAAGCCGAGUCGACACCUGCAGGCAAUACAAAGCCUCCCACUUCUAGGCGAUCGCGAUCAAGGAGUCCAACCAGGGCUCCCGAUUCGCACCACGUCUCGAUGGGGUCUAAGCAGAAGGGAGAGGAUAUUCAGGAGAUGAGACCAGAGGCACCACCUUUGAUGCCACCCCUUGAUGUGUCGAAUCUGGACAGGGCGCAGUCCAAUUCAAGCAGCACUUCUGCAGAGGAGGUUUUGGACAGAGUACAGGAGAAGGGCGCUCUUGCAGACAGCGCCAGUGUGAAGUCUUCCAAUUCAUCGCAGCAAGGAGGUCAGCAUCAAGGUCUUCAUUUGAUAACUCCUUCGGAGUUGAUGAACUUGGCAGCCGGGUCUAAGCAUGGUGAAGCCUACGGUGCGCCUCUUUCAGUUCCCGGGCAAGAACAAAGUAGUAGGGAUGGAAAGGCACCGCUAUCCAAGGGUAGUGGCAGUACCGACGGGUUUAUUGGCAUGGACUCCAACGUGGACAUGGAGAAGGAGGUAGUGGAGUCGAAAGUCUCGGUCGUUGAGGAUGACAUCAGUGGAAAGGAGGUUCUGGUGUCUUCCUUAUUGGAGUCUCUAGAGACAACUCAAAUGAUGGGGAAUGAUUACGUGGACAAGGAGCCCUCAGUGCCCCAGGAUAGCAUGGAUCGAUAUGCAGGAGAGAACUCGCAGGUGGAAGAGGGCGAGGUUUCAGAAGAUAAGGAGAGACCCUUGAUUGGUACGGAGGACGUGAACGACAGGCUGAGGGACCUGAGUUUCAGGGAUGGUGGCGGCGAGGCGGCUCUACCCCCUCCUCAGGCAGCAAUUGCAAAGGGGAGAAAGAACAAAAAUAAGACGAGCGCGGGUGGGAUUGGGUCUAGCUCCGUAUUAUCCUCACAGAUGCCAAGCAUGAUGGCGUCUGGAUUAAAGCCAGUAGGCGAAGCCAGCCAUGGCAUGAAUCCGGUUCCAGCGUCGACGCCGACAUCAGCAGUAGCACCUGCUCCCACUCCCAUCGACCCUGCUUUUCUUGCUCAGGUGGCUUCAAUGCAAGAGUCGCUGAACCAGUUGGUGAGCAUGCAGAAGGAGAUCCAGAAGCAGAUGACUGUGAUGGUGGCUGUGCCUGUUGCGAAGGAGGGCAAACGGAUGGAAGGGGCGUUAGGGCAGCGGAUGGAGAAGGUGUUGAAAGCACAUGUGGAUGCCAUGUGGGCACGGUUGGCGGAGGAGAAUGCGCGGAGGGAGAAGCAGGAGCGCGAGAGAGUGCAGCAGGUGACGACGAUGCUCACGAAUUUUGUGAGCAAAGACAUGCCGGUCGCUUUGGAGCGCGGAGUCAAGAAGGAAUUCGCCGCGAUCGGUCCAGUUGUGGCGCAGGCGGUUCUCCCUCCCCUUCACAAAGCGGUUUCGACAACCGUGGCCGAGUCGUUUCAGGGUUUUACAGAGAAAAUGUUGCCCCAGCUGGAGAAAUCGGUGGGCGCGAAGCUGGAGGGGACAGUGACGCGGCAGAUACAGACCCAGUUUCAAACGAUUGGUCGACAAGUUUUGCAGGAGGCAUUGCGUAGUUGCUUUGAAAGCACAGUACUUCCGGCUUUCGAGCGGACAUGCAGAACCAUGCUCGACCAUGUGGAGUCGUCGUUCCAGCAUGGCAUGUCGGAGUAUACUCAGCAUGCUCAGGAGCAACUUCUGUCGUCUCACUCUGAUCUUGCUUCCACGUUGAAGGACACCGUGGCAUCGGCAACCGUGCUUGCGGACUCGUUGAAGGGCGAAUUAGCAGAGGGUCAGAAGAAACUUAUGGCACUUGCAGAGAGCGCGAGUGCAAAUGCAGCUCGCGCUCUGCCUGCUAACAACCAGAUCAAUGGCGGCCUUCCUGACAAGGUCCGCAUCCAUGUGCUUUCGUUGCAGCAUCUGGAGGAGUCGCUGGAUCUGACGCGGCAGAUACAGACCCAGUUUCAAACGAUUGGUCGACAAGUUUUGCAGGAGGCAUUGCGUAGUUGCUUUGAAAGCACAGUACUUCCGGCUUUCGAGCGGACAUGCAGAACCAUGCUCGACCAUGUGGAGUCGUCGUUCCAGCAUGGCAUGUCGGAGUAUACUCAGCAUGCUCAGGAGCAACUUCUGUCGUCUCACUCUGAUCUUGCUUCCACGUUGAAGGACACCGUGGCAUCGGCAACCGUGCUUGCGGACUCGUUGAAGGGCGAAUUAGCAGAGGGUCAGAAGAAACUUAUGGCACUUGCAGAGAGCGCGAGUGCAAAUGCAGCUCGCGCUCUGCCUGCUAACAACCAGAUCAAUGGCGGCCUUCCUGACAAGGUCCGCAUCCAUGUGCUUUCGUUGCAGCAUCUGGAGGAGUCGCUGGAUCCUACAAUCGAGCUUUCAAGACUUUUGAAGGAGAACAAGCUCGAAGAGGCGUUCAACAAGGCUCUGUCUUUGAGCGACGUAGCAGUCGUGUCGUGGCUUUGCAUGCAGUUGGACGAGGAUCAUCUUUUCAGAAAAGUGCCACUACCUCUGAGUCAAGGAGUGCUGCUGUCGUUAGUACAGCAGCUGGGCUGCGAUCUGGGCAAAGAUACAGACCGGAAGUUAUCUUGGAUCCGGGAGGCGGCACUGGCACUGAACCCGGAGGACCCGUUGUUGGCUCCACACAUGCGACCCUUUUUACAACAGCUGUACCAGAGCUUGCACCGGCAAUUGUCGCUGAGUUCGGUUCCAGGAGAGCAGGUGAAUUUGAGACUUGUCAUGCACGUGGUUCACUCGUUGUUAACAUCUUGCAAGCAAUGAGGUAGAUGCGGGCACACACCUGCCAGCUGAAGUGAGGGAUCAUGGUUGAACCCAGUAGGGAGAGAUCCACCGGGGCCAAGUGGAAAGAUGAAGGACUAGACACCCACGCAUUCGGAGCUUUCUGGUCGAUUUAGUGAUGGUUCCAAAUUUUUGAUUGCGAGGGUUUUUGAUUAUCGUUGGAGUGGUUGUGUUUGAAAGCGUUGGUGGUGGUGGAGGUAGAGGUUACGUGGAAGAUGUGGAAUGCUAGUCACUACAUUGGUUUCUGAUGGUUAAACCUUGGAAACUAAUUCCAAAUUCUUGGCCAGAGGGGUGACAAUGUCGAAAUUUGUACAAACACAUGGGUUGCAUUUUGGACAAUCUAAGCUACAUGGUUGUAUGUGGUCUGAAAUUUGUUUUCGCCUCCUCAA